AGUACACCAACACUUUACAUCGUACAGAAUGGGCUCCGUCACUAGACUGUUCAACUCACAUUUCCGUCACGAACCAGGUGUACUUGCAUAAAGUAUUACUUACGAACUAUUUUGGCGCCAUGAAGUUGGCACUUCAUGGCGCACUGCUGAACGCUUCCUCCGAAGUGGAGGCACUGCAGGAGGUGGAAGAUUAUAUGAUGCGAUGCGUUUUAGGGACGUUGCGGGACCUUGAGGUCAUUGCGGAGGUUGCUUUGGAACUGCAAAGCGGGACAAUGAUUGAAGGUGGCCAUCGUCCUCGACACGCCUUUUCGUCGUCCUUGUCGUCGGUCCGAAAUGAGUUCUCGAAGCGGGGUCAUGUCAUUUUGCCCGACAUAUUCCUGCUGAACAAUAUCCUUUUUUUGCUGGAGAGUUACCGCAAGGAGGAAUGCUUCCAUGUGCGUCGAAUUCCCACAGAUGACCCCGAACACCUAAAGAAGAAAAGGAAAUCUGAAGUGCCAUCCGUUCCAAUCGUUUCGAAUAUUAUUGCCAUGCUGGAGGAUGAAAAGGGACGAUUUGUCGAGGACUUUGCUGCCUCGUGGUCUGAGUGCUUCCCAUCUGUACGGGAGAAUCCACAGUUGGCAAGCAUAACCCAGGAAAGUGGUGAGUUGCGCAAGCCACAACGCAUGGCAGUGAAGCGUUGGUACAAACAGGUGGCAGAUAACUUGACCGAAAGGAUCUAUGCCUGCCGCGCAUUUGCAGUUCUUGACAUAUCGCAGCGAAAUAUACUAAUUGAAGCUUCCGUGGGCGCAGUGCAAGAUGGUUUCACCACGUUUGAAACAAUUUUAGGGGGGAGAACGUGGUCUAGUCGUCCCAUUAAAUGGAUGGUGCAAGGGGUGGAGCAAUGGGCAGAUCAAUUAAGUAAGGCUUUCUAA